AUGUAUAUUUUCCUCAUCGAUGGUCUAUUCUUCUUUGUCUCCAAUCGCCCUUUGCCUUCAUGUAUCAACUACGUCAUUCUCUUCAGUCCUCCAGUAGUACGCACAGGAGAGACUUGCCAAAUCGAAGUUGUCUCACGACAAGCACAAGACACACCACUUUCAGUUGGCCCUGGCCUAGCCGCCAGCUUCACUGCAAGCCAGGCUAGCUUGACGACUACUGGUCUUUCUACAAACAUCUCAAAUCCAUCGAGCCUCGUAGGUAUCGGUAUAGUCUCGAACCCCGGAGUCGGACUAUUACCCUUGCCUGGGAUAAACAUACUGCCACCUGGGUCUUCGGGAGGUCAAGGGGUUGGUGGAACUUCCAAUUACGCUGUCGGCAUUGGUACUGGCGGUCAGGUUUCGAGCUCAAACAUGCCAGUUCUUGCCGUACCAGUGAUUACGACGGCUGCUGAGAUGCCGGUUAACAUUGAACUUGCUGAUGUACAGGUUUUGCAGGCUUCGCAUCAAGCAGUUAGUUAUCCUUCUUAUUUUUAA